GCCCCCCGGCUGGGCAGUUGAUCCACUCAGGUCCUUUGAAAGAGUUGGGUUUUACUGAGUGAUUCGGGCUGCUCCGAUCUCUCUCCAAAGAUCUCCAACUGCCUGCCUCCAGCCCGGGGAGAGACGUGUGGAUUUUAAUUGUGGCCCUGUCCAGGCGGAGCGACUCGACAUGGCUCGCCUGUCUGGUGUCUGGUCCCGACCCGGACUCCUCCAGCUCGCAGUCGUCCUGCAACUCAUCUGCUCGUGUUUAGCCCAAGGUCCGACAGGGGAACGAGGUGAUCUGGGGACUCUGGGCCCGGCAGGGAUUCCUGGAGCAGACGGGAUAGAUGGGGAACCUGGGCCCGUUGGCCCUCCUGGACCACCAGGGCCCAAAGGGGAAAUGGGUGCCCCUGGACCAGAUGGACCUGAAGGUGACCCAGGAUAUGAUGGUUUAGAAGGUCCAAAGGGAGAGCCAGGAAUUCCUGGAAGGUCUGGUCCCAAGGGUCUGGUGGGCUUACCCGGACCUCCUGGGCCACCGGGUUCUGGAAUCAGGGGACCAGCUGGUCCUCCUGGCCCAGUUGGGCUUCCUGGAGAAAUUGGGCGUCCAGGAGCUAAAGGUGCGGCGGGACAGAUUGGACCAAUGGGUAAGCAGGGCCCUCGGGGUCUCCAGGGACCUCCUGGUAACCUCUAUGGUGCGGAAGGGAGUGCAGACCUUCUGUGCCCCACUUCAUGCCCACCUGGACUAAAAGGCCCACAAGGACUUCAAGGACUCAAGGGUCACAAGGGCAAACCAGGACCUCUGGGAGAUGCUGGAAGACAGGGACCGUCGGGUAUUAAAGGUGCACCUGGUAUCUCCGGAGAACAAGGCAUCCCUGGCCCACCAGGACCUCAGGGCCUUCGAGGAUACCCUGGUAUGAUGGGAGCAAAAGGUGAAAGAGGUGUUCGUGGAUACAAGGGCAUGGUUGGUCCCCCUGGUCCUAGCGGUCCUCGGGGUGAACAGGGGCCUGAGGGGCCACUUGGUGACUUUGGUGACAAAGGAGAGCGGGGAGAACAAGGGCAACAGGGGCGCCAAGGUUCCUCAGGGCCCAAGGGAAAAAGUGGAUUGCCGGGCAUUGACGGCAAGGAUGGCACCCCUGGGGUUCCUGGUAUGAAGGGAGCAACGGGCCGAGCUGGAAUUCCAGGACCUGCCGGUCCCCAGGGAGGAGCUGGUUUAUCAGGACAGCCAGGUCAGAAGGGAGCCGCUGGUGCCAAGGGUGAAAGUGGCUUGCAGGGAAUGAUUGGCGUCCCUGGUCCACGAGGUAAAAUGGGUGAGCCUGGACCUCAGGGGGAGAUUGGCCCCCCAGGACCUGAGGGUCUGAAGGGUGACAGAGGGAUGCGUGGAGAAAGUGGUCCCCCAGGGCCCAGAGGCAAGAAUGGGACGAAGGGAGAGCGAGGUCCCACGGGGACUCCGGGCCCUCAGGGGAUACCUGGGCUGAAGGGAGAUAAGGGAUUCCAAGGAAAAAGAGGGCCCAAAGGCGGUAUUGGGGACCCCGGAGUGGAAGGCUUGGAUGGCGAUCAAGGUGAAAAGGGAGACGACGGGGAGCCGGGCGUGAAGGGACAGCAAGGUGUACCAGGGGAACCAGGCUAUCAAGGCGCUCCCGGUAACCCGGGGGAGCCCGGAGCUGAGGGUGCGGCCGGACUGUCCGGGCCCCGGGGUCCCAACGGAGAACGCGGAAUACCGGGAACAAUCGGGCGCCAGGGACCCCCUGGGCGAGAUGCAGGAGAUCAGCAUAUUGUUGAGGUGUGCUUGAAAAUGAUGCAAGAGCAGUUAGCAGCAGCAGCAGUCAGUGCCAAGAGACAGGUGUUGGGUGGAGCAGGGAUGACAGGACCACCCGGACCCCCCGGAACAGUGGGCGCUGCUGGUGAACAAGGAGACCACGGUGUUCCAGGACCUCGCGGUCUGCCUGGUCUGCCAGGCGUCCACGGCCAGAUUGGAAACACAGGACCAAAGGGCAAGCGAGGGGAGAAAGGUGAUCGAGGUGAGACGGGACGUGGACAUCCUGGCCUACCAGGCCCACCUGGAAUUACAGGACCCCCAGGAAUGCCAGGACGGAGUAUAGACGGUAGACCUGGUGAUGUGGGCGUGCAGGGUGUGGCCGGACAACCUGGUCGCCCUGGUCUACCUGGACCCCCCGGUAUACCUGGAUUCUGCGAAGCUGCUGCUUGCUUAGGGGCCUCGGCAUACCUGGCCUCAGGUGGGGGACCUGACUUCAAAGGGCCGUGAACUGUUACUGACCACCAGCGCGCGGCCAAACAACUGACCAGCAAGUGCCGCGUGCACAGCAGAGAGAAAAAGAGAGAGAGAGAAUGGAGACAGCCAGGAAUCAACCCCAGUGGAAGGGGUUUCUUGAAGACUGAACUGAUUUAAAAUAUUUGGUGCGUUUUAUAAAGAAAUACAAAGGAAAUGAAAAAAUAACCACAAAAUACUGCUUUUCAGAUUAAAUGAAAGUCAAAAGAGUUUAAAAAAAGUUUUGCAUCGGUAUGUUUAUUUGAGCAAAGAUUGAUGUACAUUGGUUUCUAACUUUUUAUUUGGGUUUAAUUAUUUUAAAAUGAAUAGGGCAAACUAUUAGGGAAUGUUAUAGUGAUGUGAGUUUGCAUCGGUUCCAUGUGUAAAUCUAAUAAGUGCUGCAGUCUGUGUUUGUGUAUAGAAUUCCAUUCCAUUGUAGCUACUGGACUAAAUGUGUUCUUGAUGACCCAUCUGGUUAUAUGCUCUGGACAAGUGCGGAGAUCAAGCCCAUUGCUGACAUCCUCCUGUCACCACACUGGGUUACACCACCUGUCACCCGGAUCUCUACAGACAUAUUUCAAGGCCCUGUCUGGGUGAGGCUAGUUCGAUGGUUGCUGUGACCCAUACCGGCAUGAAUUCUGUGUGAGCCAGCUCUGAUGAAAUGAAAAAGCAAACAAGCUGCAAGGGUUGUAAAUUCAACAUCCACAAUAGGUCAAUCAGUAUCAGCAAGAGAGCUGGGGUGAAGGAAUCAGCUCUGGUGAUGUUCUUAUCUAGCAGUGUGGAGUUAAGUGAUACAGAGUUCAAUGCUGCAUCUUCAUGCUCUGUUGUGGUUUCAUUGCCCAUAUAGUGAGAGGGCACAGGGUUGGCACUACCACACCCAUCCCAAAACUCUGGGAUCACACCCAUUGAGCCAGAGCUCUGGUGGGCCUCAGCAAUGAGAUUUGAACCCUGCACUUUCCAAUCCCAAGCCAGGAGUACCACCUGCUGGGCCAAAGGCUCACUCUCUGAUGGUCGAAGGAAGAUUAACUUGCCUUUUGUUUUGGUCAACCUGCUGGACAUUCCGAGCAGUGUUGAGGUUUCCCUUUUGAUUGGAGCAGUGCUGACACUGAGCUGAGAUAUGAAACAGACAUCAUCUUUCAGAGAGUGGGUGUUAGAAGUCCCACUGAGCAUUGUAAGGAACACUCCUGCCAUCCUGUAGUCUCCAUUUCUGCUGUGGCAUCUUUGUAUAAACUCUUCCCUCCCACUCUUAGUGAUCCAGAGAAGGUCCCCGCAAAUGGCAGCAGGCUAUGGUGAAUCUUCCUGCCAUUGUCCUCAGUGUAAAUACAUAGAUGUAGUUUACAGGAUUCGUACAGGAGAAGAUACUGUUCCAUGAAACAAACAGCAAAGAACAAGAUGAGGACCCUGUGGUAAUGGCUUUAAUCAGUGGGUUAUUUCACCACACAAUUCGGCACCUGGAAGCUUCUUAAUAACGAAGAUGAUUGAAGCCACUGUUUAACGUCCAAAAUUAAAACCUACUGAUUAACUUCAUUAACAUCAUUAAUUUAUUAUGUUUGAAAUCUUGUGCGACUGUAAAGACCAUGUGUUUGUCUCUCGUUGUACUGGAGCACCAUCCAAUAAAACGGACAUUUUGUAAAAGACAAUGUUUUUCUGUCGCCUGCAGAAGACCCCAUGCCUACACUGCACUCCGGCCUGGUGCUCAGAUCCUUGCUGGGCCACUGUGCUCUGGCCUGGCACAGGCUCCUUUCACUUGGACUUUGUACUCAGACUGAGCGCUACACCUUGCAUUUGACUUGUGCACUGGGACCGUGCACUCUGACCUUACACACGGACCCCGUGCUGGGCCUUUGCACUUUGGCCUUGUGCUGGAUACUUACACCUGGAGUUUGCACACUCA